AUGAAGUUCACCGUUCAACUUGCAUCCUUACUAGCGGCAUUAUAUACCUUGGUGCCGUUGGCCGAGGCAAUAACAGCACCACCAGCACCAGCACUAAAUGUCAAAAAGAGACAUCAAGAAAACUACUACAAAAUGGAUUUCAAUAUUCGUAGAGGAUCAUCGAGAAGCGAUUUAUCCCCCGUUGAAGAUUCUGCGCCAAGGUUGGUGAAAAGAGACGACCCUGAUGGUUCAUUUGAACUAGUCUUGUCUAAUCAGCAAACUUUUUAUAUGGCCGAUUUGUACAUUGGCUCAAACCAAGAGCUAAAUCAAGUUUUGGUUGAUACUGGAAGUUCGGAUUUGUGGGUUAUGUCUCAUGACUUGAGAUGUUUGGCUACAAACUACAAAAAGAAGAGAGACGCUAAAAAUGUAUUUCAGUUUGGUACCGGUGUUCAAUUAGUUCCCGACAGCAUGAUUGACAAAGAGAAGAGAGACGCUAAAAAUGUAUUUCAGUUUGGUACCGGUGUUCAAUUAGUUCCCGACAGCAUGAUUGACAAAGAGAAGAGAGACGCUAAAAAUGUAUUUCAGUUUAGUACCGGUGUUCAAUUGGUUCCUGACAGCAUGAUUGACGAAAAGAGGCAGGAGCAAAACAAUGAGAUUGACAAAAAGAGGCAGGAGCAAAACGAUGAGGAUCAGGAACCAACAAAGGUAGUUAGAGAUGAUGCUAUUUACACAACUAUAUAUUUAACCGGUGGUUCAUUCUUCACUGGUCUCCCAGACUUUUUUUCUUCAUUAUUACCUGGCGGAAGUGGUGGUAGCAGUGGUAGCAGCAGCAGCAGUAGUAGUGGAAGUACAAGUACAAGCACAAGAACCACAAAUUCAGGUGGCACAAACUCUUGUACAUCAAACGGAUCGUUUAAUACUGGAGAUUCAGAUACGUUUGUAAAAAACAAUACAGGCGCAUUUUCUAUUCAAUAUGCUGAUGGGUCACAUGCUAUAGGAAUAUGGGGCUACGAUAAUAUCAGAAUGGGCGAUGUUACUGUAUCAAACGUCUCGUUUGCUGUAGCAAAUGAAACUUCUAGUAAUAUUGGAGUAUUGGGAAUCGGAUUGCCUGGUUUGGAAAGAACUACUGAAUACAAUUACAUGUAUGAAAAUUUACCCAUGAAGUUGAAGUCAGAUGGGAUAAUCAAUAGAGUGGCUUACUCUUUAUAUUUAGCAAAGGCGGAUGACAAGAGUGGUAGUAUUUUAUUUGGGGCAGUUGACCAUGCCAAAUAUGAAGGAUCUUUAGUAACUGUUCCAAUGUUGAGGACUUAUCAAGUAAUCAAUUACCCAGUUAGAUUUGAAGUCGAAGUUUCGAAUAUUGUAUUUAAUAAUAGUGGAAAUACAGAAACAGUAUUGAGUGAUUCAAUUGGUGCUGUUUUAGAUUCUGGUUCAACAUUAUCAUAUUUGCGUCUGGAUCAAAUUAAAGCAGUUGCAAGUCAAUUAGAUGGACAAUACGUAACGAGCGCAGGAUUUUAUUUGGUUGAUUGUGAUUACUUGAACUCAGAUACUACAUUAGAUAUCACUUUUGUCAACAAAACAAUUAGAGUUCCUGUAUCUGAUUUAAUAUUUAGAGUAUCUUCAAGACAAUGUGGGUUGGGACUUUGGGAGCAGUCAUCUGGCUCACCAUACAUUUUGUUUGGUGAUAAUGUCUUGAGAAGCGCAUAUAUUGUUUAUGAUUUGGAAAACUAUGCAAUUAGUUUGGCACAAGCUUAUUAUACAGACGAGGAAGAUGUUGAAGUUAUUACAGAUUCAGUUCCAUUACCAGGUGGUCAAAAUUCAACCAGUGUUGGUGGUGGAAGCAGUUCAUCAUCAUCUUCUUCUUCUUCAUCGGGAAACAGACAAAGUUUAGCUGUAACCUAUCAAAUCUCCUUUAUUUCAUUAAUAUUUGGGUUCAUCAUCACGAUAAGUAUUAUAUUAUAG